CUCAUAUAUGGUAUCAUGUACAGGAACCUUCGAGAAGAUUCUAGCUUAGUUCCAUAUGGUUAUAUCGAACCUUUAAAACUUCAUGAUGAAGUUCUUCAGUACAAUCCAGAAGCAUUUGAGUACAAUAGUCCAGGUCCUAUUAAGGGGCAAAUGCCUGGCAGUAGUACAGUACCUGACAAGAAGCCCUUCAAGCCCAGUGUACCUAUAACCAGACAUGCUCAAAGAGACUAUGGUGCAACUAACAAUAAUCAGCUCAAUGAUAUUCCUCCUAAUGACGUAUCUACACCAUCUUCUAGAAAACCGAAAGCCAAGAAAAAAGAUAGUGAUGUUGUUAUGUCAUCAGUCGGACCAGAUCAGACUGCAAUUCAAG